GAGGAGAAGGUCCUCAGCCCCCAAAGGGAAGGGUCGCCGAGGAGAGAGAAAGCGUGUGCCUCCUCCGUUUAUAAGCGACGCCAAGGCAGGCGAAGAAGGCGGGAUAGAGAGAGAAAGAGGGGGAGAGAGGGGCGCUCGAGGCAAUAUAUAGGGAGGAGGAGGAGGGGACGGGGCGGGGCAGGCCGGGCCAGGCCAUCUCGUCGGUGGCGGCGAGGGGCGGCGUCGAGGAUGGGGGACUCCGGCGGCUCCGUCGUGUCGAUCGACGUCGAGCGCAUCUCCUUUGGCGGCAAGGAACACCAUAUACAAACAAAUCAUGGAUCUGUAUCUGUUGCGGUGUAUGGUGACCAUGACAAGCCUGCUCUUGUUACUUAUCCAGAUGUUGCUUUAAAUCAUAUGUCUUGCUUCCAAGGAUUAUUAUUCUGUCCUGAAGCUGCUUCACUGCUGCUUCACAAUUUUUGCAUUUACCAUAUCAGCCCCCCAGGACAUGAGUUAGGAGCUGCUCCAAUUUCACCAAAUGCUCCUAUGCCAUCUGUUGAUGACUUGGCAGAUCAGGUUGCAGAUGUCCUCGAUUUCUUUGGAUUAGGCUCUGUCAUGUGCUUGGGUGUCACUGCAGGUGCUUACAUUCUAACUCUGUUCGCGGCAAAGUAUAGGGAGCGCGUGCUAGGUCUUAUCCUUGUUUCACCUCUAUGUAAAGCCCCCACUUGGACGGAGUGGUUAUACAGUAAGGUGAUGUCCAAUUUGCUGUAUUAUUAUGGGAUGUGUGGGUUGGUGAAGGAAUGCCUACUUCAGCGGUACUUCAGCAAGGAAGUGCGAGGAUGCUCUGACUUACCUGAAUCAGACAUAGUGCAGGCUUGUAGAAGCUUGCUAGAUCAGCGGCAGAGCAUGAACGUAUGGAGCUUUGUACAGACAAUGAAUGAGAGAUAUGACUUGACUGAACAGCUGAAGCAGCUUCAGUGUAGAACCCUGAUUUUUAUUGGCCAGAAUUCGCAGUUUCACACCGAGGCUGUUCACAUGACGUCAAAGCUCGACAUGAGAUAUUGUGCUCUAGUUGAGGUCCAAGCAUGUGGGUCGCUCGUAACCGAGGAGCAACCACAUGCAAUGCUUAUACCGAUGGAGUACUUCUUCAUGGGAUAUGGUCUGUACAGGCCGAGCCAGCUUGACUGCAGCCCGCGCAGCCCCCUCAACCCAUUCUGUAUCUCGCCGGAGCUCCUGUCACCUGAGAGCAUGGGAGUGAAACUAAAGCCAAUCAAGACACGAAUCAGGCUUGAAGUGUAGCAGAGGUGAAUAUAAGGGGGGUGCAGGUGUUGUUUAGGGCUGACAUGUUAGGCUAACCCGCUGGUCGUUGUGCUGAGGUGCCUGUCUUAAUUUUUGGAGGUAAAGUCAAAUACCUGUUAUACUGUCAUGUAUAUAUGGGAAAUGAUAGGUUGGUGAGCUUGGGUGGGUGGUUCUAUUCAUUGAUUUGUAGCCUGAUGAAACUUGUAAAUUGUUAUACAUUGUUUAUCAAAGGAAAUAAUAGUUGGAAGGUGAGGUGUUCCCAACCA